AUGGAAACAAUAAAGUGUCCAUGCUCGUGCGUGUUAAAGCCCGAACCCACGGCUGAAAUGCUACUCACUUCACAACCUGUGAAGAAGUGUGCAUGCUCGACUGCGUUAAAGGUGGAAUCCUCUACUGACGUUUUACAUCCUCUACAACAUAUGAAGAAGUGUGUAUGCUCAACUGUGCUGAAAACGGAACCCACAACUGAGGGUUUACUCACAUCACAAGCUGUGAAGAAGUGCGCAUGCUCGACUGUGAUGAAGACCGAACCCACAAUCGCGGGUCUACUCCCAUCACAACAAGUGAAGAAGUGUACGUGCUCGACUGUGCUGAAGACAGAACCCACGAAUGAGAGUUUACUUUCUUCACAACAGGUGACGAAGUGUACAUGCUCGGCUGCGUUGAAAACAGAACCCACGACUGAGGGUUUACUCUCUUCACAACCUGUGAAGAAGUGUUCAUGCUCAAAUGAGGUUAUACUUUCACCAAAGCCAGUGAAAAGGCCCCCAAAUUCCAUUGAGGAUGAGGAGCUACUGGACGGCUUACAAGCACUUCUCAAGGUUUUUCUGGCUUUAAAAUCGGUGUGA